UACGCAGGGAAGUAAUCAGAAUAGUACAACACAGUAGUCAACCAGAAGUAACGUUUACGUUACCUAGCUAGAGACUUUAACCUGCCUAAAGAUAGCUAACUGGAAGAAAGUAGCACACGCACAUCAUCAUGUGGACAGAUAUGAGCCACACUACUCCAGGGUCAGCAGGUCUUGACCCUGCCGUGCUGAGGGACCAGCUCUUCGAGCCAUGGAACCGGAGAGAUCUGCAGACGCUACAUUUGCUUGCCAUUCAGGGAUUUUCAAAGCUGUCUGAGCCCCUGGUGGCCUUGCUAACAAUCCUGGAGGGUUGUCCAGGCAAACAGAAGGGCCGGAGCCACCUCUUUGGUCACCAGAUACUCAUUGAAUUCCAGAAAUGGAUGAAAGAACAUCCUCAGGUGACCCUGAGCGCAAUCUCAGAGCAGCAAGCAGCGUCACUCCAGCGGCGGGCUCUAAGCUUACUAACAGACAGCCAGCCCAGCUUUGCGGACACUCUCAUAGACAUUUAUCACCUCAGCUCCCUCGAUCCAGCCACACUCAAACUGCACAUCAUCAGGAUGCAGUCUCUUAAUUGCUACAAAGAGGCAGCAGCACUCAGUGUUAAACUGAAUUUACAGAAGGAGCUGAACAUGGAGGAGAUGUGUGUGCCACUAAUCUUGCAGAAUAAAUUAGCAUCGGCGGAGUGCUUUGUCACAGGCCACAAACACCUAGAACAACAACUGGUCACGCUGCUGGACUCCUGGUGCCACCCAAACUUUAGCGUGGAGCACGUAAUCAAAAAGUUCCCACGCCUCUCUGUAGCCAAACAGUCCAUGGGCCACAUCCAGGCCAAACUACUCACCAAACAAGUCUUCAGGCUCGUGGAGAAAUUCAACAUUGAUCCAGGACUGUGUCCCCGUGCUCUGCACAAGAGAAGGCUGGACUCUCUGCGUUUCCUCAUGUACAAGAGAUUUGUGGAGAAAGGCAUGACAGAGGACAACUGGUGUGACCAUGUACAAUACGUGGUGGCAGAUGACCCGGAGCUGCAGAUCGUGUUGGUGGAGAUGUUGGUGAAGUACGAUGGUCUUAAGAAAGCUUCUCAAUGGUCCUUGAGAUACAACAUCCCCAGACAUCGACUCCCCAUCGGGCUCUGGGAUACGCAGCAGAGUCUACCGCCUGAACUACAACAGAUACAUCUGACUGAUCCAGCACAAGCGGAGAAGUGGAUUCCCUCUCAGUCUCACUGUGAGAGGUUCUACCAGGUACCGAUCACCAAAGACAAAGUUCAUUUUGUGGACUCGCAGGAUGCUCUGCAGAGAUGUCGAAACAUUGUGCUGAAGGAAGGUGGUGUGGUAGGAGUUGACAUGGAGUGGCAGCCAACGUUUGGCUGCAUCUCGACUCAGAGAGUUGCCCUGAUUCAGAUCGCAGUUUGUGAACAGGUUUUCUUAUUAGACCUCUGUGCCAGUGGAUUCUGUCAACACCCAGAUACAAUCAGCUUCAUCAGGACUUUGUUCUCCCAAAGAAAUGUUCUUAAACUUGGUUACGGUAUGUCAGGAGAUGUCAAGUGUCUUGUGGCCACCUGGCAGCAGUUUUUAGAGGAGCCACUGAAAAUGGAGGGGAUGCUUGAUCUUCUUAAUGUACACAAGAAGAUUCAGCAUGGUAAAGUCAAACUGACACAAAAUGGACCAAAAGAGGUGCUGGUGGGAGAGGAUUCUGCAGAGAAAGGCCUCAGUCUGCUGGUACAACAGGUUCUUGGAAAGCCUCUGGACAAGACUGAGCAGAUGUCCAACUGGGAGAAACGGCCGCUGCGCAUCAGCCAAGUUAGAUAUGCAGUGGCAGAUGCCUGUUGUCUGCUGGACGUGUACUCUGUCCUCUCCAGAAACCCAGCAUACUUUGGACUACCAGCUGACCUGUGCAGCGUCUCCUCAAAACCACCAGAGAAGAGCGGAGACAAGAGGCACAAAGAGAAACAGUUCAAGCAGACGAAGCAGACACAUGGCGCAGAGGAAUGUCAGGGGGCUCAAUGGGUCAGUCCCCCCCGCUCUGAAGCAGAGAAAGGCCUCCUGUGUGGCGAGAAGCCCCAGGAGCCCCAGAACACCCCUCCUCUGCCCCCCCAGCAGUUGCGGGUGGUGUGUGACAACAUGCUCCAGGGACUGGGGAGGUACCUGCGCUGUUUAGGAGUCGAUGUAGUCAUGUUGGAGAACACUGAUGAUCACAGAGAAGCAGCAAGGUUAGCACAGGCUGAAGGUCGUGUCAUACUCACAUGUGGACAACCGUUCCAGAGUUUGCGGUCCCAGGUGGGAGAGGGUUGCUGUCUGUCCCUGGACUGUUCAGAAAAGGCCAAAGACCAGGCCGUUCGAGUCCUCCGACACUUCAAUGUCCAUCCCACUCCAAGAGAUAUAUUCAGCCGCUGCCAGGCAUGUAACAGCGAUGAGUACGUGGCUGUGCCCAGAAAGUACAUGGUCAGGAUGCUUAAAGAGAAAGGAUUUCUGAAACACCAGGGCGACGGUGACUACACACACCAACAGGAAGAGGAGGACCUCAGUGACAUUGUGACCCUCAGCAUGACCCCUGAACUCCCCAGGUAUGCUCCUCAGUGUCAGUGGGCCCCUCUGUCAGGGCUGGACCCCGACACCCUGACCUUUCCCGGGGGGGCGCCCAUGCAGCUCCACACUGUUCCCCCCGGCCUCCUGCCGAGGAUACCCCUCUUCUACGUCUGCACCAGAUGUGGCAAGGUGUUCUGGGAAGGCUCUCACUUCGGCCGUGUCCUGUCCAUGUUUCAGGAGGUCUUACACGUUACAGACGACGACGCUGAAUCAUUCGCGGCACGCGUUACGGCAGCGCAGAAAAAUUGACGGGUGUAGGACUACUGUAGUUCUCCUCAAACAUCCUAAAUAAUCAUUUGCACAUUCAGCACACAGCUUAUAAAAUCCACUUCGGUGUGCUCAUUUAUUGGUUUUUAUUCUUCCCUUUUUUUAAUUGACAUGAUACUAAGGCAUGAAAAAUGUGAAUUGAGGCCGACAAUAAAAUUCAAAACACCAAUUUCACACUUGUGAAGCAGAAGGGGAAAAAGGUUAUUCUAAUACACACUAGGUAAUAAGCGAUCUUCUAGGAUGCCGGUCAGGCCAGAAAAACAAAAAACUAUGAUAAAUGAACACAUGUUUGAAAUACCAUGCUCAUCCUUAGAUUCUCUCAGUUGUAUAAUUUUAUACUUUUAAAAGUUGUGUUUAUAAAACAAAAGUCUCAGACAACCAAAGAACGUUUGUACUUGGUCAUUUUAUGUUUUUGAUUUUAUUAACAGAUAUGCCACAGCAGAUUAUUGUUCAAAAACAUUUUUUUUUCCUUUGUCAGUUUCAUAUGGCAGUUCAACUUGACAUGGAUUACAUUUUCAAACUAUUACGGGCUUGAAGUUAGUAAUCAUUCUGUUCCAUUAAAGACUUUCUUGAGUCAUAUUUAGGACUUUUUUUUUAUUUUAGGACUUCAGAGCUGCACUCAAAUGACAGCAGGACUCAGUUUGGGUUUUUUUAGCAGUCUGUGGUACUGUACAUUUCCAUUCUCCGUUAUUACAUGUGUACAUUGUUUACAUAUUCAGCUGCGAGCUCUAAUGAGUUAAUAAAGAAUCAUUUCUUUUAUGAA